AUGAAAUUUCUCCAUUCUUUGCAAAAUGCCCUUUGUGAUAUUGGUGAUAGUGUUAGCAUCAUGCCUUACUCCGUUUUCAAGAAACUUAAUUUAGGUGAGCUUUUUGCAACCAACAUGACCCUUCAAUUGGUCGACCGUUCUAUUAAGUUCCCAAAAGGUAGAAUCGAGGAUGUGCCCCUCAAAAUAGGAGAGUUCACUAUUCCCGUAGAUUUCAUUGUGCUUGAGAUUGAGGAAGAUGACAACAUUCCUAUCAUUUUAGGGAGGCCAUUCUUAGCAACUUCGGGUGCUUUAAUAGAUGUGAAAGAUGGCAUGAUUACUUUGUGUGGUGGUGAUAGUAAGGAGAGUUUUAAGCUCCAGUCAAUGCAUGAGUCUCUAUCUUAUGUGCAAGGAAUUAUGUACAUAAACUCUUUGUGUUCGAAUGCUAAUGAUUUUAUAUUUGUGUCUUCUACUAACAAUAUGCUUGUAGCUUGUGAUGUUCCUAAAAGUGUUGAACGCAAGGUUGUUACUAAAGAAGACAAGGAUUUAUCAAAGCUUGAAGAUGAGUUUGAGAUGCCCUUUUGGUUUGAUCUUUCUUUGAAGGAAGAUUAA